ACGAGUGCUUCCUGCUAAAUUGGUGGGUUGGCGUCGCACAUCAUUCACUACCGUCGGUCGCUUGGCUUUUGGUGUUAACUCUGGUGUUCAGUGUUAUAAAGUGCUUUCAAGAAAUAUAUACAAGUGUAUACAAAAAUAUAUUUCAUACAUUCUAGUGUGUGUGCGUGUCGUUUGUCGUUUUUUUGCUACAUAUGUAUGUGUUGAAUAUGCGUACGCGGGUGUAUAAGUCGGUAUACCGGGCCGCGGAAAAAAACUUGUAAAAUUACAAACAAUUCGCAAAGCAUGUAAAUGAAUGAAAGUGUGUAAUUAGCAAACGAAAAAAGCACUAAAAAUCAUAUUAACUGCAUAAAAACGGGUAACGUAUAACUAAUGUGCCACAACUGGCUCUUGCCCCAACGCUUAGCUCCUAUCUGAAGGCUUUAGCAGCGCACAAGUGGUGUUUUCUAAUUCCAUUUCACUGCCGCCUGCCACAAAAUGCUGCUGAUCGCUCCCAAAUGAUGUGCAACAGUGUCAUUGCCACUGUCAUUACGCGCGCCACGGCUGUUGCUGCUGCCGCUCCCACCGCCACUGCUCACGCUGCCACAACCAUAACCGCUACUAACACUGCCACCAACAGCAACAAUAACAAAAAUAAUAAAAAUAAUAAAAAUAUUAAAAAUAAAAGCAACAACGACGCACACAACAACAACCACAAGUGCCGGCUCACAUGAGCUGAGUGAGUUGGACUGCGGAACGCAACAACGUCGAGUGCGCGGCGCGCACCGUCCAAGUUUUUGCAACAACUCCCACGACAACAAUAAAACGAGAAGAGUGAUAGCGCGCGGUGGCACCAUACAGCGCGCAAUCCCUGUCGUAUACAAAGUUAUUAUUAUUUUCGGGUUUACUUGCGGACUUGGUUGUUUGUUGGGGUUUAGUUGUUGCGCCCAGGCGUUAGCUGCAAGCUGUUGCGUUAGUUUUCGGUUUUUUCUUUAUUUGCGCGACAUUGUGUUUGGUCGGUGUUGAAGCGCCGCGUAUAAAAUGAAAUACAACUGUUCAUGUGAUUGCAAUUGCAGCGACCGCGCCUCGUGCAGCACCAACAUCACCGAUCGCCGUCCGAGCGAUAUAAUGGCCAAUGGUGAUUGCUAUCGCCGAUUGUCGAAUUCAUCGUCCGCAUUGUACGGCAGUUGUCCACAGCUAACGCAGCAUUGCGAUUUAAUACAGCAACACCAGCAACAGCAACAACAACAACCACAUUGUCCACACAUCAGCGCCAGCGAACAAGUAGCGCAACAGCAUUAUCAGUCGACACAUCAGCAAACACGUCAAUACUCGAGUUUAGUACGUACCCGCCCGUCGCGCAGUCCAGUGCUUUGUCAGCGUUGUGCCGUGUGACGAAGGAAUA